CCUGGGGCCAGCUCCCCGGAGGUACGGUACGUGGCUCCCGGGGCCAUCCAUCCACCCCAGCGCGCGCUGCGGGCUAAUCAUUGACAGCGCUUUACGAUCACCCGCCCAGGCUGGAGCGGUGAUAAGACAGUCCGUCCACCGGCCAGUGACACACGCAACCGGGCUGUGUGGCUGGGGCUCCCCGGUGGGGGAAUGAAUGGAUCUCCUUCAGCUCCCAGCACAGACACCCACGCCACAGGAAAACCAUGUCCAGCGUGGCCCUGCGAGGAUCUGCCCUGCUGUCAGCCUUUAUACUGCUGCGAGCCAUUCCUGGAGUCUCUGGAGAUGGUACUGCAAUCUGGUCGAAAGAUCCUCACUGGAGUCCGGUAAACGAAAGCCAGCUGUUUCUCUACGACACGUUCCCUAAAAACUUUUUCUGGGGUGCUGGGACGGCGGCAUGUCAAGUGGAAGGGAGCUGGGAGAGGGAUGGGAAAGGCCCCUCCAUUUGGGAUCAUUUCACGCGCGCACACCUGCAAAAUGUCACCGGCACGGAUGGUUCCAGUGACAGCUAUAUUUUUCUGGAAAAAGACUUGUCGGCUCUGGAGUUCCUCGGAGUUUCUUUCUAUCAGUUUUCCAUUUCCUGGCCAAGGCUUUUCCCCGAUGGGACGGUCGCAGCUGUCAAUGAGAAGGGUCUCCAGUAUUAUAACCGUCUUCUGGAUUCUCUCCUGCUCAGACACAUCGAACCUAUAGUGACUUUGUACCACUGGGACCUGCCUUGGGCUCUGCAAGAAAAAUAUGGGGGCUGGAAGAAUGGCAGCAUGGUGGAUUUCUUCAAUGACUAUGCCACAUACUGUUUCCAGACCUUUGGGGACCGGGUCAAAUACUGGAUCACAAUUCACAACCCGUACCUGGUGGCUUGGCAUGGCUAUGGCACAGGGCUCCACGCUCCUGGAGAGAAGGGAGAUCUAGCAGCUGUCUAUGCGGUGGGCCACAACCUCAUCAAGGCUCAUUCAAGAGUUUGGCAUAACUACAACAGAAAUUUCCGACCCCAUCAGAAGGGUUGGUUAUCGAUCACAUUGGGGUCUCACUGGAUUGAGCCAAACAGAUGGGAGAAUCGGAUGGAUGUACACAAGUGCCAGCAAUCCAUGGCUUCAGUGCUUGGCUGGUUUGCCAGCCCCAUCCAUGGCAAUGGUGACUACCCAGAGCACAUGAAGAACAAGUGGCUGUCCAUCCUACCUCUGUUCUCAGAUGUAGAGAAAAAGGAGGUGAAGGGCACUGCUGACUUUUUUGCCUUUUCCUUUGGACCCAAUAAUUUCAAGCCUCUAAAUACCGUGGACAAAAUGGGGCAAAAUGUGUCACUCAAUUUGAGACAAGUGCUGAAUUGGAUUAAGUUGGAAUAUAGCAACCCUCGGAUCUUGAUUGCUGAGAACGGCUGGUUCACAGACAGCUACAUAAAGACGGACGACACCACAGCCAUCUACAUGAUGAAGAAUUUCCUCAACCAAGUUCUCCAAGCGAUACGGUUUGAUGAAGUACGGGUGUUUGGCUAUACUGCCUGGGCUCUCCUGGAUGGCUUUGAGUGGCAGGAUGCCUACACCACCCGCCGUGGAUUAUUUUAUGUGGAUUUUAAUAGUAAAGAGAAAGGAAGAAAACCAAAAUCCUCAGCACAUUACUACAAGAAGAUUAUACAAGAAAACGGUUUUACUUUAAACGAGUCCACGCCAAAUAUGCAUGGUCAGUUUCCCUGCGACUUCUCCUGGGGGGUCACUGAAUCUGUUCUUAAGCCAGAGUUCAUGGCCUCCUCCCCACAAUUUACCGACCCGCACCUGUACGUGUGGAAUGCCACGGGUAACAGAUUGCUGCACCGUGUGGAAGGGAUAAAGUUGAAAACACGGCCAGCCCAAUGCACGGAUUUUGUCAGCAUCAAGAAACAACUGGAGAUGCUGGCCAGAAUGAAAGUCACCCACUACCGAUUUGCUCUGGACUGGGCCUCCAUCCUUCCCACGGGCAACCUGUCCGUCAUUAACCGACAAGUGCUCAGGUACUACAGGUGUGUGGUCAGCGAGGGGCUGAAGCUCGGCAUCUCCCCCAUGGUCACCUUGUAUUACCCCACCCAUGCCCACCUGGGCCUCCCGCGGCCUCUCCAACGCCGCGGCGGUUGGCUGAACCCAUCCACCGCCCAGGCCUUCCAGGACUACGCCGGGCUGUGCUUCCAGGAGCUGGGGGACCUGGUGAAACUCUGGAUCACCAUCAAUGAGCCCAACAGGCUGAGCGACAUCUACAACCGGACCAGCAAUGACACCUACCGGGCGGCGCACCACUUGCUGCUGGCCCACGCCAGGGUGUGGCACUUGUACGACGGGCGGUACCGGCCGGUCCAGCGCGGGCUCGUGUCCCUGUCCCUGCACGCGGACUGGGCCGAGCCCGCCAACCCCUACGUGGACUCGCACCGGCAGGCGGCCGAGCGCUUCCUGCAGUUCGAGAUCGCCUGGUUCGCAGAUCCCCUGUUCAAAACCGGGGAUUACCCGUGGGCCAUGCGGGACUACAUCGCCUCCAAGGCGCGGCGCGGGCUGUCCCGCUCGGCGCUGCCGGUCCUGAGCACAGCCGAGCGCCGGCUGCUGCGGGGCGCCGCCGACUUCUGCGCGCUGAACCACUUCACCACGCGCCUGGUGCUGCACGAGCCGCAGCGGGGCGGCCGCGCCGACGCCGACCGCGACCUGCAGUUCCUGCAGGACAUCACCCGGCCCAGCUCCCCCGCGCGCCUGGCCGUGGAGCCUCGCGGUGCGCGCCGCCUGCUGCGCUGGAUCCGCCGCCGCUACGGAGACCUGGACGUGCACGUCACCGCCAGCGGCAUCGACGACCCGGCGCCCGACCACGACCGGCUCCGCACCUACUACCUGCAGACCUACGUGCAGGAGGCGCUCAAAGCAUACCUGAUUGAUAAGGUCAAAAUCAAAGGGUACUAUGCAUUCAAACUGACUGAAGAAAAAUCUAAACCCAGAUAUGGAUUCUUCACGUCUGAUUUCAAGGCUAAAUCCUCCACAGAGUUUUACAGCAAGCUCAUCAGCAGCAAUGGCUUCCCUUCCCAGAACAGUAGUUCUAGAUGUAUCCAGACUCAGAGCAGCACCGAGUGCCAGGUCUGCUCCCUUCUCCUGCAGAAGAAACCAUUGAUAUUCUUCGGCUGCUGCUGCUUCUUCACCCUGGUUCUGCUACUAUCCCUCACUGUCUUUCAUCGGCGAAAGAGAAGAAAAUUUUGCAAAGCAAAAAACUUGCAACACAUACCACUAAAGAAAGGCCACAAUAGAGUUCUUAGCUAACUUCCCUUAUUUCCAUUGCUAUAACAGCUAAAAAAUUCACUCCAGUUCCAUAUACUGCUAACUUAGCGGAACACAGACCUGUACUGUAGGAAGAUGAUCUGUGCUACGGGGUAACCUGGUAAUGGCAGUUGAUAUCUCUGUAGUGUGGCCCAGGUGAAUGUGGCUUUGUGCGGACAGACAUCAGAGAACGCAGCGGUUGGAGCUGAAGGCUUCAUUCUGACGAUUAGCCUCUGAUUAUGCCUGAUUAUGGCUUCAGGAAGUGUGAACGUUGUAUUUCACUGUUUCCUAUUAAAUACAAGUAACUACUCAUGGUAAAGGAAUUAUCUUUCAGAAUAAAAUUUUGAGCCCGGCACUGGAAGCUACUCAGGAGGCUGAGAUAUGAGAAUCCCAGUUCAAAUCCAGUUGGGGCAGGAAAGUCCAUGAGACUUGUAUUAACCACCAGAAAACCAGAAGUGGCAGUGUGG